AGCCUCAUCUUACACAAAUUAAGUGUGACAAUCAAUUUGACAGCAGCAAACAAACCAAGAGGAGAAUAAAUCUCAAAUUCUCUCUACAAAAAAAACUAACGGCUUUUUCUCUUCAAUUCAAUUCACCAAACUUCCAUCUUCUUCAAUUACAAUUAUUACUUAAUUUUUUGCAAUUCAAUUCAACCACAUUCUUAAUUUCUCUUCCACAGAAAAUUUUCAUGGCUGCUUCUUCUUCUUCUUCCUCAUUGCAAGCUUCGAUUCUCACCUUCAAUGGCUUCCGAAAUUGCGACGCUUCUUCCUCUCGUCCUUACUGUCUACUUUCUCUCUCCUCUUUUCGGGGAAGUAGUGGGAGGAAUUUCAAUUGGAGUCGUCUGAAGCAGAAGAAGGUUAAAAAUGGUGGGAAUGUUUGUCGGGCGAUGGUUCAGCAGACUGUGCAAGGUCCUUCUGCUGCUUAUGCUAGAGAAAUGGAACGCCUUUCUGCUAAGGAAUCGCUCUUACUUGCUCUUAAAGAUGCAGGAGGUUUUGAGGCUUUAUUCACAGGAAGGGUCACAGAGAUGCAGCGAAUAGAUGUCAUGGAGAGGGUAACUGCUCUUGAGCGUCUGAAUCCAACACCUCGACCCACAACGUCUCCCUAUUUAGAAGGAAGAUGGAAGUUUGAGUGGCUUGGGUCUGGCACUCCAGCUGUUGCUCAAUUCUUUUUGGAGAGAUUUCCUACCACAUUGGCAAACCUCUCUAAAAUGGAUGUAUUGUUAAAGGAUAGUUAUUCAAAGGUCACAGCAAAUUUGAGACUACUUAACUCGGUAGAAAGCAAAUUCACCUUAUCCUCCAAAUUAUCUAUCGAGGGGCCACUCAGAAUGAAAGAAGAAUAUUUGGAGGGCAUCCUUGACUCUCCUACUGUUGUUGAAGAAACUGUCCCUGAUCAGCUCAAAGGUCCAUUUGGGCAAGCUGUUGGUGCAGUUCAACAACUUCCAGUCCUUGUUAGGGAUGCAAUUUCUAACGGUAUCAGAAUUCCAAUAAGUGGAAGCCUCCAGAGAAUGUUUAUGAUCUCAUAUCUAGAUGAAGAGAUACUGAUUAUAAGGGAUCCUUUUGGAGCACCUGAAGUUAUGACAAGGAUGGACUCAUCCUCUUAUUCAGUGGAUGAACCUGCAUUGGAGUACGAAAGCUAAGCUAAGAUUUCAUGAAUGUUAUGCUGUCAUAUGCAGUAAUUUAUUGCCAAUAUUUUAGCAGAGCAUCAUAUUACUCCUCUCUCCGUUUCUUGCUCCUAUGUCUUAGAAAAAAAGGUUGAAUUGUUUUCAAAUAGAAAUAUAUCUGAUGCAUGAAUAUUAGAGGAUUGCAUGAUCAAGCUUCUCCCCUAAAUAGUCGAAUACAAUCAGAGUUUUGUAUACUGUAUAUAAUGGGGGAUUAUGCCAGCAGCAGUUGCAUUUUAAGCAUUAAUGUAACUGAAAUUAUAAUAAGUUUCUUGGCAAGCCUGAA